GUCUGGACCCCCCCCUUUCUAGAAGGAGCAAAAGGUCACAUCUGCUCACUGUCCCCCGGAAUCACCACCACCACCACCACCACCACGCUCUUUUGAACAUACCUGGAUUCUCUGAUUGCGCGGUAUGCGCUGGAGGACAUGGACAGGGCCACGGACACGGUGUAUAGACCUCUUCUUACUCACUACAUGGUCCUUUGCCGUCGCUAAACAGACCGACCAUGCUGUGCUCGAUCUCAAUGGGACGACGACCACGACUUCAACCUCUAUACCUCUGCCCUUACCGCCUUUAAUUGCCCCCCUGACACCUCCUACACCCACACCUAUACCCAUGGACCUUUUCUUGAGCUAUAGCGUAUCUACACCUUGUCUCAGCUAUAUGACUUCCACCCUAUCCUCUCCCCUAUUCUCUUCCUGUCUUCCAUUCUCUCUCCUCCUCACUACAUCCACCUCGUUCGCCAACCUCGUGAAAUCAUCCUUGAAGACUCGCAACCUGACGACUCUGAACGAUCUCUUGGCUUAUACCACCUCGCCUCAACCCUCCAUCGAUACGUGUGUAUCAUUCUUUCAGUCGACGCUAUCAGACCUCUCAUCGGAUUCGCAUUGUGGAAAUGAUCUCAAAGAUGCUAGAGUACUGGCGGUGGAAUUCGCUGAUGGAUUGGCAAACUAUAAUCUGAUGAGGAAAGCGGCGGGACUCGUAUCGGAAGAAACGAUAGGAUCGCACUGUUACCUGGAAGCUAUCACUGCCACCUCGGCCGAUGAUUUGUACUUCUGGUCCUUGCCAGCGGGCAUACGUCUUCCCGCCAGCUCUACACCAUCUUGCUCUCCGUGCUCGCUCCGCCUCCUCGAGCUCUACGCCCAAUCUACAGCCUCUUCCUCUUCAUCCCUCAACACCACCAUCAUCCAAUCGGCUAUCGACCGUGUCAACGGAGCCUGUGGCGCCAGUCUACCCGCCAUGGCAGUCUCAGCGAGUGUGACAGGCUCAACAUCGCCAUCUAUCGUAUAUAAUCAGCUGUGGCUGUUGCUGCUCCACGCUUCAUUGUUCAGUUGUUUCUGGGUUCUUGUGGCUUCAACCUAGAGGGAAGGGAAUCCCCAUUUGGGUCUUUUAAGAUCAUUGUUAUCACUCUCAACCAAGGACAUUCAUCUUGUCACCAUGCAUCUGGGCCUUAUACUCAAUCUCAUCAGCUCACCUCGCUGAGCACA